AAGACGCACUGGCUACGUGAACGCACGGGCAGCAGGCCUUGAGCUCUGCCCCCAUGCGGAGCCUCUCCUCUCUCUCGCGGCGGCCGUCGCCGAUGUUGCUGCUGCUGCUGUCGCCGUGGUCAGUCUGGGCCCAGUUGUCGGCCGCGGCCGCCUCGGGAACCCCAGGCACCCCGGACUGCCCGGAGGCGUGCGCGUGCGCGCCGGGCGGCCAGGCCAACUGCUCGAGGCGCGCGCUGCCCGCCGUGCCUGCGGGCCUGAGCCGGCGCGUGCGCGCGCUGCUGCUGGACCAUAACCGUGUGCGCGCGCUGCGGCCCGGCGCUUUCGUGGGCGCUGACACGCUGCUGCGCCUGGACCUGCGCGAGAACGGGCUGCGCUGGGUGCACGCGCGGGCCUUCUGGAGCUUGGGCGCGCUGCAGCAGCUCGACCUCAGCGCCAACCAGUUGGAGGCGCUGGCGCCCGGCACCUUUUCGCCCUUGCGCGCGCUGCGUUCCCUCUCGCUGGCAGGCAAUCGGCUGGCGCGCCUGGAGCCGGCGGCGCUGGGCGCGCUCCCGCUGCUGUACGCGCUCAACCUGCAGGACAACGAGCUGCCUGCGCUCGCGCCGGGACUGCUGGCCGGCCUGCCCGCUCUCCGCGCACUGCGCCUGCGCGGCAACCCUUGGGUCUGCGGCUGCGCGCUGCGUCCGCUCUGCUCCUGGCUGCGCCGGCACCCGCGGCCGGCGCCAGAGGCCGAGACGCUGCUCUGCGUGUUGCCAGGGCGCCUGACGCUCAGACCCUUGACCGCCUUAACGGACGCCGCCUUCAGCCACUGCGCGCAGCGGCUUGCCCCCCGGGACCUGGCUGUGGUCUACGCGCUCGGGCCUGUCUCCUUUCUCGCCAGCCUGGCCGCCUGCCUGGCGCUGGGCUCCGUGCUCACCGCCUGCCGCACGCGCCGCUGGCGCGACACCGCCCUCGGCCCGCUGAGGAGAGCGCUGGACCCUGGCCCCGGGAGCCCCGCGGCCGCUGCUCAGGACUGAGCGAGCCUUGGCUGUUCUCGAAUCUUCCCCUGUCCCCUGCCCUUCUUCACUCUCCCUGCAGGCGUCAACAAGCGACACAGACAGAAAGUUCCGUGACAUUCCUUUAGACAUCACCACUGCACACACCGGGUCAGGGGGCGGCGCGCGCCGGGCCCCCGGGCGGAGGGGCAGCGCGCGGCUGCGCACGGGCGGCAUGGGGAAGGCACGCGCUCGACACGGGAAGGGCUGGGCCUGUACAGGUUGGCGGGCAGGGCUGAGGACAGUCCCGAGCCAGUGUGGUGGUUGGCGGGGGCGGGGAGCCUAUCUUGGGCUGCGGGCUGGAGGACUCGAAUAGCUGGCCCAGCCCUCCUGGGGAUUGGAGAAGGUCGGAGGCAGUGGGGGAACCCCAGCGCGCUCCUAGGAGGCAGCUGCCAGCUGAGGGUCAGAGUCUGCCACUGGGGGACGGGCAGGGCCAGCUGGAUGGAUAGGGUCAAGCGGAGAAGGGAAGUGGGUCAGAAAAGAGGGGUGGAGCUGAGGCUGCCAGGAGCAGGCGCUGGAGGAGGGGGUGACCCAGCCAGUUGGGGCCUCGCACCCCCACUGUGGCUCUGGUAGUGGCUGGAGAAGGAUGGGGCUUCAGUCUCUGCUCCAAGCCCCUCUGGCCAGGUUAGCCCCUCUCCCCACUGCUUAGAGACCCAGGGCCCUGCCUCUGCCGGAGUGCCCUGUGGCCCUGCCCAGCCAGCUCAGCUCUGGCCUGUCCUCAGCCGCUCUGGUCCGAGCCUCGGUCCAGCAGGGGCUGCCCGCCAGGCAGCAGGGCGGACAGACAGACGGGAGGCCCAGGGUGGGCAGUCUUGGGCGGGUGGGCUUCCCUCAGGCCUUCCCGAGCAGCAGGACCCAUCAGUGUCCUUGGCCGGGCUAACUGGGCAGGUGGGCGCCUCCGGGGGGCCUCACACCACGGUGCUGACCGAGGGAUCUGAGAGGUUGAGCGUGCCCGUGAUAUCAGUGGGAUGAUACUGCUGCAAAAUAGAAAUACACAGACAAGGCAGCCCGUUAGCCCCCAUGCUCGGGGGCACGCGCAGGGCCGGGACGGGUGGACCGGCCAGCCGGCCGACCGGCGGGCGGGCGGGCGCGGCCUGGGGGAGGCUGGGGGGCGCUCCUCCCCCUGACCCCGUCGUGCU